GUCGGGUCGGGUCGGAAUGCCGGGCUCGGCCUUUUUGACGAGGCUUACGGAUGCGGUUCUGUUCUUAUCUUGCUCGUCCAGCUACCUUCCCGUCCCGGACACUAGAAGAGAACCCCCAAUCAGAAACCCUAACCCUAGAAUCCACAAUGGUUUGCAUACGCAAGGCCACAAUAGACGACCUGCUCGCUAUGCAGGCCUGCAACCUGCUCUGCCUGCCGGAGAACUACCAGAUGAAGUAUUACUUCUACCACAUCCUCUCGUGGCCGCAGCUCCUCUACGUCGCCGAGGACUACAACGGCCGCAUCGUCGGCUACGUCCUCGCCAAGAUGGAAGAGGAGAGCUCUGAGUGCCACGGGCACAUCACCUCCCUCGCCGUCCUCCGCACCCACCGCAAACUUGGGCUCGCCACCAAGCUCAUGACGGCGGCGCAGAACGCCAUGGAACAGGUGUUCGGCGCCGAAUAUGUGUCGCUCCAUGUGCGGAAGAGUAACCGUGCGGCGUUUAAUUUGUAUGCGGAGACGCUGGGGUACAAGAUUCACGAUGUGGAGGCCAAGUAUUAUGCGGACGGAGAGGACGCCUACGAUAUGCGGAAGCAGCUUAAGGGUAAGCAGAAUCAUCACCAUCAUCACCAUCACCAUCACCAUCAUCAUCAGCAUGGAGGUGGGUGUUGUUCGGGUGAGUCGAGGAAUGAUUCUUGAGGUAAAUUUAGGUUGGGGGAGUUUGACGGGUUGUGUUUCUUUCAGUGUUGUUACUGUUGUUUCUGUGCUUUUUGCUUUAUUUGUAAGGAUAAAUGACAAACUGAGAAUUGGGGAUCUUAUCAUGGGGAAUUUUUAUGUUUUGUGGCAUGCCUUGAUAGUUUGUACUGAAUUAUUUUGUUGGAUGCACUUGCGCAGUUGCAUGUGUUGGUUUUGUUUCUUGUAAA